AUGGAGAAACAAUCUAAGAAUCAAAAGAAAGUACUGCCAACUUCACAGCCACCCUUAAAUACUGAAAUGGGUGAACAACCUACUGAAUUUGCUAAAAAGCAUAGGUUCAAAGACACUCUUGCAUUGUUUUUGGUGUUUUUGAGUUUCAACCAUUUUACUUCCCUCUGUUUAUUGGUGUCUUUUAUUAUUGCCACUAAAUGCAAAGAUUUUUUGGCAAACUGCUUUAUUAUACUUUUCCUAUCGAGAAAACCUUCUCGCCAUAUCAGUGAAGUGGCACACAUAGAUAUCACCACUUCCAGAAGGACCAACAGUAACACUAGUAGGAAAUUAAAUUCCCGGUUUUUUACCUACUCCAAAAAUAGUUUCGUGAUUCCUGUCCCUAUAUUAAUAUUUGAGAUUAUAUUUGCAAUGUUAUUGAAGAUAUACGGUGGAAACUACUUUGUUAAACCAAUAAAGAAUUUGGCAAUUUCUAUCAUUGCCUCAUUUUUGAUCAAUGACCCAAGCGAUUGUUUAAGUUACGCCACUUCAUGUUCAGUAUUGUAUGCAGUCUCAACCAACAUUUUUCAAAGAGUAUCACAUCUCUUUGCCACUACACAAUUAUUCGAUUCGUUUUUCCGAGGAACCGAGCAAUCAGUUAAAUUAUUUGCAGUUUUCCACAGAUAUGCACAAUUUUUAAGAAAACUCUUCUCUCUAUUUUUACCAUUGUCUUUUGAGAUGCUUGGUAGACAUGCUGAAAGUAUUGUUUACUAUUUAUCAUUCCACAUUCUUUUUUUCUCAUUUGUUUCAAGUUUACUGUAUCCCCAUAAACAAACAACGGAAAAUAAACCAUCGAAGAAAGGCCUCAACUCUAACAGAACAGAGGGGAAUCGUAUACAGGGGAUGCAAAAGAUGAGAGUUUCAUCAUCACCAGUUUCUACCGAUUCAAAUACAUUGGAGGAUCAAACUCCUAUGAUACCGAACGAUCCAGGUGGUCUUAAUAACAGCAAUCAACCUACCCAUUCAUCUCAACAAAAUAGCUCUCCACUUUCUUCACCACCACACAAUAAUUUGUUAAAUCCUGCCAAUUCUGAUCCUAGUGAUGUUGUUUCCAGCUUUCCUUAUUUUACUUCUAUGGUGAAGGAGUAUAAAUCCUUUCAACCAUCUGUGAUCUCUGCCGAAAGAAGUAAUUCUCAGGCAGUUACCACCACAACGACCACAACCUCUCCCACAACAUUCAAUUUUUCAGGUGAUAACAACGAUUUGCCAUCUGAAAUUCCCGUAUCAAACCCCAUCAAUGCAGCCUCGACGAACAAUUCAGAUCCUUUCUCUUGUUCAAACGACAAGUACACUAAUCAACUGUUCGAACUGAACGUUGAUUUUGGAAAUAUAUUUUCUUCAAGCAAUCUGUCAUCGGAUAUAUCUGUCACAACAAACCUAGAGAAUUUUAUUCGUCUUUUAUUUAGAAGAAAAAAUCAACAUUUGAUUGCACCCCUAUGGUCUAUGGUAGUUACAUUAAAAACGACAAAUUUUGAAAAAAAGUAUCUGCAAGAAACUUUUGAAAAUCCACUAACACCAACUAACUCCAGCACUUCAUACACCGAUAAUCAGGAAAAGCAUAAUGAAGAUUUGGACACGAUUAAAACACACUCAAUUCCAUCAAGAAUUAGUUUUACCCAUGCUGGCAAGUUUAAGAAAAGUGUUUUUAACAAUUUUGAACCUUCAAACACAAUGGCGUUAAUCGCAAAAACAACAUCUGAUGACUAUAAUCAGUUGAAUUUGGUUUCUACCAACGAGAAUAUUUUCAAUAGAAAUGAUAAUGAUUAUAAAGUUUGCAUCAUUGACAUUAGCACGAAUUCCAUCACUUUUCACAUUGAGAAUUUACAUGAUGGUGAACUCAUUGUUCUAGUAAACGGUGUCAUUUGGUCAGAAGUUUCAUGCGCUUUGAUUUUGGAACAUGUGGGGGAAGAAUACGUUGUUGUUAAUGGGUUGGUUCCUUCUUGUUCUUAUGAUAUACAAUUCAUCAAUAGGCUAAAUCACCGUGAUGAUUAUUUGGUUUCUGAUUUGAUAGUCAGAACGUGUGGAAGCGACAAUGCAAUUGCUGGAAAAUUUGAAAAUCUCGAUUUCAGUUUUCCUUCGUAUUAUCAUAGAAAAUUCCUAUCUCCACUGCUAACUUUAAAACAUUCCGUAUUAACCACGAAUGCGAACCUGUCCGAUGAAAGAGCAAAGCUGAAAAAAACGAAGAAGGAAGUUAGCAAGAAAUUAAGUCUUUUAAGGCAAGAGAUUGAUUACUUCAAAAGCAGAAUUGCACAGAAUGCGACAAAUGAUGAAAAGAGCACUUCUAAAGUCGAAAAUUUGAAAGUUGCUUUACAGCAAAGCGAAAUUGCAGUAAAUAAAUUGGAGAAGCAACUCAAGAAGCUCACUGAAAAAGAACUUGACUUAGAAGAGGAAUAUUUAAAGAAAAAAGAUCUACAUUUGAAAAACCAAUUAGAGUACGGCAAAUUGGAGGAGAGCUUGUCGAAAGAUUUAAAAAACUCUGAAAGCAAGUUUAACAAACUCAACCAAGAAUUAAGUCAAGUGGCCUCCAAACUGGAUAGGCUGAAUGCCAGAAACGAGAAGCUGCAAAAGGAAGUUGAUCAAAACGAGAAAGAGAUAGAAAAAUUUAGCACUCAGUUCUUGAGCAAAAGAGAAAAGGAUAGGUUCAGGAGAAACGAAUACAGGAUACGCGAAGCCAACAAAUUUGAAUUAACUAUAAAAGGGUUGGAACAAGAUGUCAACCGGUUAGAGCAUGAAAACGAAAAUAUACACAGCUUGAUCGGCAAUAGUUACUGA